AUGGAACCCCGCGCCCGCGCCGGCAAAAAUGUCGGCAAGAUGAACUUUGGCCACAACGAGCUCGCCCAGCUCCUCUACUCCCACGGCGACGCCCGCCUCCCCCUCAACGAGACGGUCCGCCUCCUCGACGAGGUCCUCACCGACUUCAUCCAGGGCGUCUCUUUCGAGGCCACCCGCGCCGCCCACCACGCCGGCCGCCAAAAGGUCAAGUUUGAAGACUUUGAGUUCGCCAUGCGCCGCAACCCGAGGUUCAUGGGCAAGAUCCAGGAGGUGUUUGAGAAGAAGAAGGAGAUUGAGGCCGCGAGGAAGAAUUUCAAUAUCGAGGAUCAGUGGAUGAAGGAUGCCGAGAGGGAGGAGAAGGAGAAGGCCGAUCGGGAGAAGGAGAAGGCUGGUGGGGAAGGGGGGGAGAAGGCCAAGGGGAAGAGGGGACGGCCGCGGAAGGAUAGGGGGGCAAGUGCGGGGAGUGGGAGCCAGAGUCAGAGUCAGAGUGUCCAGCCGGAGGGGUCGGGGUCGCAGUCGCAGAGUCAGCAGGUGGAUAGGAUGGAUAUUGGGGAGGAGGACUUGGAGGAUGGGUUGGAUGAUGAUUUGGAGGGGGAUGCUGAUGUUGUUAGUGCCAUCAGGCGGAGAUAG